AAAGCACCUUACAGUCAGCAGCACUCAGACUCAGCAGGAUGUUUCCUUUCCUCCCUGAUGGAGAGAGAGACGGAGGAGAUGCUGCUUCUGCUGUCGAGAUCUCCCGUUUCUCUGGCGGAUUCAUGGAUUCUCGCGACCCUGGGAUCAUUUCAUGAAUGCAGGACUAGUUUUAUUCGUGGGAGCUUCUAAAAGACUCAAAAACAGAGGUCGAUGUUGUGGAUGCGAGUUGAUGUCGUCGACGCGGUCGCGCGCAUUCCUACGAAUUCGCCGGAAGAAUCUGCGCGAGGGAUUGUUUUUAUUUCGAUGUAGAGCGAUCAUGAUGAUGGAUGCUGUUUAUAUCGAAGAUCGGGAAUAUUAUUAUUAUUAUUAAGAACACUAAAUUCAAAUAAAGACGCCUUGAAAAGGCCUGUAACCGAUCAUCAGCUCUCAUCCUCAUCAUUGAAGCAUGCUAAAGGAACUUGUAAACCAGUGGAUUUGGCGGCAGGACUUCUGGCUUCCUCCUGGCGUCACAUGGAAAGAUAUCGCAGACGGGGCAUCAGAUGGAAGUCGGCAUCCCGCACCCCGUGACCUGCUCAUCUGCCUGCCCUUGGCCCUGGGUUUCAUCGCCCUGCGCUUUGUUUUCGAAAGGGUUGUGGCGUUGCCGCUCAGCCGAUGGUUGGGCGUCCGUGACAGGGUUUGGGUUCAUGUCACGCCUGUCCCGAAGCUGGAGGCGUUUUACCUGCAGAAGAAGAAACAGCCGUCACAGAAUGAUUUGGUGGUCCUGGAGAAGCGCUGCGGACUCACACAGCGCCAAAUCCAGACCUGGCUGCGUCAGCGCCGGAACCAGGACAGACCCAGCAACACCAGGAAGUUCUGCGAAGCUUCGUGGAGAUUUGUCUUUUAUCUCAUCGCGUUCUCAUCUGGCCUCAUCUCCCUGAUUAAUACGUCAUGGUUUUGGGAUCAUCGGGAAUGCUGGCACGGAUACCCAAGACAGGCCGUAGCCGAAGCUCAGUACUGGUAUUACAUCAUGGAGUUGUCCUUCUACCUCUCGCUUCUGCUCUGCGUGUCUGUGGACAUAAAGCGCAAAGACUUCAAAGAGCAAAUCAUUCACCACAUCGCCACCAUUUUCCUCAUCGCGUUCUCGUACUGUGCCAAUUAUGUCCGAGUGGGAACCCUGGUGAUGCUCGUCCACGACUCCUCGGACUUCCUGCUGGAGUCUGCCAAAAUGUUCAAUUACGCUGGAUGGAGGAAGACCUGCGAUGCCCUGUUUGUCAUUUUCGCCGCGGUUUUCCUGCUAACUCGCCUCGUGGUUUUCCCGUGCAGAGUUAUCUACACAGCUGUGGUGGAUUCUUUGGACGUCUUUCCUCCGUACUCCGGUUAUUAUUUCUUAAACGGCCUAUUGCUGGUCCUUCAAGCACUGCACAUCUUCUGGGCUUGGUUGAUUCUUCGAAUGGUUCACAAAUUUGUAUUUUUGGGCAAAGUGGAACGCGAUGAACGGAGUGAUGAAGAGAGUGAGGUUGAUGAAGAUGACGUUGGAGAAGAAGAGUGCAGUAGGGAGCAGAAAAAGGGUGCAUUUAACUCAAAAUUGGCAUCAUUGGCCAAUAACUGUGUUUUGAACAAUUUAACCAAUCAGAGACGAAAAAUGAAUAGCAGAAUGCCUAAAGCCAGAUAGAAGCUACUUUACUGUAUGUAUUUUUUAUGUUUAAACAUGUUAAAUCACCUCCACUCCUCUUGGUUUAUCUUGUUUGUCAAGAUCCAACUUUGAUUUGACAAUGUUUUGGUUGUGUGAUAUGGAGAACCUAAUGCACUGAUUGCGUAGAAUAAAUACUACUUGUUUGUAUUAUUAAAUUACCAUUAGAGUAUAUUUGAUAUGGGUUCAAAGCGCUGUCUUUAAUUGGUUUAAUUAAAGUUAGACUAAUUAAUCAAACAGAUUGGGUGCAUAAAAAAGAUUCACAAAUACUUAUUGAACUGUUUAAAUUAGGUUGCUAAUGUGUGGCGACUGUUCGUUAGACUGUUAAGUUAACAAAAGUCCGCUCUCCUGACGAGAGAUACCCAUAAUAUUUAGUGGCAUUCUUUUUAAGUAUUUUUAAUAGAAGAAAACAUGGAUAUUUUAGUCUUCUAGGUUGUAUGAAAGUGUAAGCUCUGUGCUUGUUUUUCUAAACGGGCAUUUGUGGUCCGCUUAGAAAAGACUUAGAGCGCCAUCUAUUGGUGAAAUAUCCAAUCGUCUUUGUGAUUUUGCUACUGUUGCAAGGAACUACUGGGGCUUGUUGUUUUGUAAGAUAGUAUUUUUUGUUGUGCAUUGCCUUAUUAUACAAGAAAUGCGAUGAUUUGUGCAUAGAAGUGGGCAGUGGGAUUUGAGGACUCCUAUGUAGACCCCUUGAUUAUUGAAUCUUCUCCAAGGGCUAAAUGUUUUUGUUGUUCUUCAUAGGGCUGGAAAUCUAUUAAUGUUUAGAAUACGAGUUGUUUAUUUGCACAAUAUCCAUAAACUGAGCCUUUUGUCUGAAAUCUGUGCAUCUGUCCCACACUGUUUGACUUUUGUUUUAAAAUGACCUGAGAUUGUUUUUGUAUGUUUAGUUAUUGGGAUUUUACUAACACACUGCAGAUGUUGUAUAACUUGUAACGACGACAGAAGUGGGAUAUAUUAUGAAAUAAGAACUUCCAUCUUCGA